UUAGAGGUUAUAAUUGUUUUGUUGUGAAUAUAGAACUUAAUGGCAAAAUAUAACUUUAAGCUAAAGAAAUGACACAAACUAAUGGAGCUAAAGUCGUACCACUACUCGAGGAUUCUGUUGAGUGUUUAUUCUUUUCGGCAAAUUCAGCAGAUAAUUUUAAUUGGGAUGCGUUGUGUUUGCAGUUAAACACUGCGAUACAAGACUUAUCUCACAAUUAUAUUUGGCACAGGGAUGAAUUUAGAGUUCAUAAACCGAUAGAUUUUCCUACUAAAGAGGAUAUACCUGAACACCUUGCUAGCAUCACAUGUUUCGGUGAUAACAUUGAAGAUGAGUGGUUCAUUGUUUACCUGGUACUAGAACUAAGUAAAAAGUUCAAGAAUAUAAUAGUACAAGUUCGAGAUGAUGAUGGUGAAUUCUUGCUUAUUGAAGCUGCAGAUUACUUACCUUCAUGGGCAAAUCCGGAUAGUACAGAUAAUAGAGUAUUUAUUUAUCAAGGCCAUAUUCACGUAAUACCUCCUAAUCUUCAAAGAGAGGCAGAGUUAAAAUUAAAAGAUGCCCUACAGAUGAUUGCUUGUGCAUCCGAUAAAACAGUGGCUUCUAAUGCAAUUCAACUUUCAAUUUUAACAAGAAUUGGAAAUUACCCUGAGAAAAUCUAUGAGUUAUUUCACAGAACUGUGGUCAAGCUACCAGUGGAUGUUGCUGCAUUAAUUUCUCUUAAACCUGCUCUCAUAGCCCCACUUGUAAAUGCGAUCUGCAAUCAUGAUGUCCUAGAUGCAAAGGCUUGUAAGAGCAUUGAAUAUAAUGAUUGUGUUAUUAUUGGUAUUAAAUUUACCAAGUGUUUAUAUGCCAUGCUAAUGCAUGCUAAGCCACUGAAAAAUAAUAACUUUAAAGAAAUGAAUGACAAGAAAUUCGUUAUAGGUCACAAACUGACUGCAGGUUAUCAACUUCUGAUGAACAAAACCAAUUUAGACAUAUUUGCAUCAAAACCAUUUAAAAACUUUAUGAGCAAAUUGAAUGCUAGUGGAUAUUUUAAAAAUAACAUUGAAGGCUCAAAAGACUACAAUGAGCUAUUAAAAAAUGCUAAAGAAUUUUAUUCUGUUAUGGAAUGCCCUAUAAAUUCACAAGUGGCAAAUGAAAUGUCUAAUUUGAAAUUAUCUACGGAGUUUGCUCAAACUAGAGAAGCACUGCUACAAAAAAAAUCUACUGGAGAAGAAUUUAAAGUAGAUGAUGAAGAUUGGCUUAAGAUUAAUCCAGAUCAGUUAAAUGAAUUAAUUAACUCAAGAUAUGGUAAAAGAACUAAAUUUAAUGAUACAUUGACUGCUAAUAAUAUAACAUCAGAAUUGUCAUCUUUCCUCAUGAAAACAUCAUAUUUUGAAGGUAUUGAGACUACUAAAGAUGAAUCAAUUGGAAAUGUUGAAUUUGAUCCAGAUGACUUUGUCAAUUCCGUUCAAAAGAUGUUAGAUGUGAUUGCUAUUGGUAAAGAGGCUUCUGAUAGUGAUGAGGAUAAUUUAAGUAGUGGAGAUGAUAUGGAGCAAGAUGACGAAUUAGAAGUCGUCAAACAAGAAGGAUUGCAAGAUAACAAGACAAUAUUGCAAAAUAUCAUUCAAAGUAUGAAAGAAGAAGGAUUAUCUGGACCUUCCAGUAAUUUAAUGAAAUCUGUUGGGUUUCAAAAAACAGAUUUAUUGGACUCUGAUGAUGAUGAGUAAUAAAAGUGAAAUUAAACUAUAUGCA